UGAAGGACUCAAUCAACAUUUAAUAAAACCACAAGGGUGUUUAAGCUAUUUCUCUACUCUAUACAUGAACACAGAAUGUAAACUGAAAACUGACCUGGCAGAACAAUCAAAUCUUUUUCGUCCUCGGAUAAUCUCACACACUCACACACACGAGCGCUGCUUUUGCAGAGUAAGGAAACCAUGAAGAUCAUGGUACCCAUUAAGCGGGUCGUCGAUUAUGCAGUCAAAAUCCGGGUUAAACCCGACAAGGUAAAGAGUUAAAACAAGCAAAAUUCAUUUCCCGGAAAUGAUCCAUUUUUUUCAUUCUUCAAAUUGAUUGAUUGGUUUUAGCUUGGCAGAGUGGCGUAGAGACUAGCAACGUUAAGAUGUCGAUGAACCCAUUUUGUGAAAUUGCAUUAGAAGAAGCGGUUCGGAUCAAAGAAGCGGGUCUGGCUUCGGAGGUAAUUGCUGUCAGUAUGGGUCCGGCCCAGGUUGUGGACACUCUUCGAACCGGGUUGGCAAUGGGUGCUGAUCGGGCUAUCCAUGUAGAUUAUUCGGGAACCCUUUAUCCUCUAUCGGUUGCAAAGAUUCUUAGAGCUCUUGUUGAGGUCGAAAAGCCUGGGCUUCUUCUUCUGGGCAAACAGGUUUUAAUUUGUUUAUUUUUUUGGGUCAUUUCUUGUUUUGGAUCUUUAGCUAUUUGGAACUUUUUUGUUUUCAUCCUUCUCUUUUUAAUGGAUGUUUGUUAGUUAAUGCUGUUGUAGGGUAAUUGUAAUAUCUUAUUGUAUUAGCAAAUUUUACCUGGAAGAAUGUUACUGGUACCUUAGACUUUGGAUGUGAAAAGGUGAUCAUGGGAAAUGAAUUAAAUGGUUGGCCUAGUUUCAAGCCUUAUGGAAUGCUUAUUUUAGGUUUCUGUGAUGCAUUUCCAUUUUCCAUUGAAUAGGACUUUUUGGGUCAGCUGUUGGCUACAUGGGACCGGAAUGUAUGUAGAAGAAUCCAUACUAUUCUGUAGUUUAUAAAAAUUUUGACUCAGACCUAGUUUCUGGGAAUUGUAAGUUCUGUGAACUGUUCUAUUUUCUCAGAGUGCAACAAUAGUUAAUCUUGAUUGAAUGUUAUGGCUACAGUAGAUAGAUGAACUUCCAAGUCUUACGGUUAUGUGUUGCUUGAUUGUCAAAGUUCUUUGUGGACUCCUUAAUGACUCGUCUUGCUGAACUUGUCUGCAGGCUAUUGAUGAUGACUGUAAUCAGACAGGUCAAAUGAUUGCAGGACUUCUUAAGUGGCCACAAGGAACCUUUGCAUCCAAGGUUGUGCUGGACCAAGAAAGGCAAACGGCUCUUGUAGACAGAGAGGUGGAUGGUGGAAUUGAGACUUUGUCUUUAGAUUUACCUGCUGUCAUCACCACGGACUUGCGAUUGAACCAGCCAAGAUACGCCACACUUCCUAAUAUAAUGAAAGCUAAGUCGAAGCCCAUCAAGAAAUUCACUCCGGAGGAUUUGAAAGUGGAGAUCAAAUCGGACAUUGAGAUUGUUCAAGUUACUGAACCUCCUAAGAGAAAAGCUGGUGUCAAAGUGUCCUCUGUGGAUGAGCUAAUUGACAAACUGAAGAACGAAGCACAUGUCAUUUAAUCAUUUCAAAUCCUUUGGCUAAAGUAACCAUAAACAUUUGUCAUAUGGGGUUAUGUAUAGAGUGGUAUUAUGAUCACCAACUGACUAACAUGUCAAAUUUUCAUAAUUGAUACAGGGAAUUCAAGUUGCAUAAUUCGUGCGACUUAUUAGUUAGCAUUUGCAUUUUAUGGAAGAGGAAAAUUAUGCCAUCAAAGAUAUAAGGAAAGCUAUUCUAAGAACGUGUAUUUAUUCAAAUCAUUUCAUGUGGAAAUUUGUCUUCAACUGGUUAAAGCAGACAACAUGGACUUAUU